AUGGAAGUGGACAACUCUCUCAAUUCUACUUUUAUCGGAAAUUGGACUAGAGAACAAGUUGUGACAGUAGUGAGUUUCGUCUAUGUGAUUGUGUCGAUUUUGAUGGUGGUGCUAUGGUCAGCGUACCUUUGUUUCGAUGGACGUCGUGAACCGAAGAAGCGGGAUACUCUUGUAAUCCAUAAACUGGCCGAGAGGACGUUGAUCCGAGCGAUACCGUAG